AUGAGCUUCAAACGACCUGUGUUUGCGGCGUCCGUGUUAAUUCCAACACGGGAGUUAAUUCCAACACGGGAGUUGGUAACCCUGCUAGUGACGCCACCGCUGCCCGCUCUCGCGCUGCGACAGAGCUGGGGGAUUCCCCAGAGAGACUCCUUGGCGCGAGUGGCGGCAAUGGGCUUCUUUGGCACAGGGCUUUCUUCCAGGAGGCCCGUUUGUCGUCUCGCCGAGGGAGCCGACACGGGUUUGCGGUUGUCCGGGGGCGGCGCGGGCGGCGGCGGCGGCGGCGGAGACACCCGAGGAGGAGAAGAAGGGCGGCGCGCAGCCUGGGGUCCCACAAGGGUCCUUCCCGGGUCCCGCGCUUUCUCGCCGGCGUUAAUGAGCUCCGUCGCGCGCGGCAAAAACAAGGCGCCGGAAUGGACACGGCGGCCGGCGGCUGACCGCAGGGCAUACAUCACGCGGCCGGCCGGCUCCACCCCCGCCGCCCCCGCGAGGGAGGUUCACCGCUCCUUCCUAAACACAUCUGCGCGGCGCCGGGUUAACUCUUUUGAGGCGGUCCCGGCGCCCCUUUUACUGGAGACAGAGGUUAUUAAUGGGCGCUUCCUUCCGCGGCCGGUCACUUCCUGCACGUGCGCGGCCACCGCCGCCCCCGCAGCCGCCCCCAACCCGAGACCACCCCCUUCUUGCCUGGGCCCCGACAUUCCUCGCCCGCCCCGGACAACGGUGGCGACUUGCGCACGCAGCGGUGUGCGCCCAGACGUAAACGGGCCCCGCCUGGAGAAUAUAUCGCGGCUGGGACAGUUUCUGGAGGGUCUGGAGCCACCGCCGCCUGUCAGCUGA